AUGAUAUCGUGCAUUGCCACCAUGGCAGACUACCCGAUGGACUUCUGUGAGCAAGCUUCUGAUAAACUCGUGGAAAUGGUCGACAAAAUGAGAGAAGAAAAAGAAGUGACUGUGGAUGAAAGAGAGAAAUGGGUGAAGAAAGCGAUCGAGGGGAAGAUGAUUGUGAGAAGACAUUUGGAGAUGUCCAAAUCUUGUGAUAUCACCCGGAUGAUGAAUAUCCUUCAUUCGCCAAUAUUCCGCGGAGUAUUAUCGAGAACCAACGGCGGGUUUGCAGUUGAAAACAGUCAAGAAUAUCCAUCCGAGAUGGCUGUUUAUGAAUGGGUCGGUGUAUGGAAACAUCUAACGUUGCGGGGUGAUUGGUCGAGAGAGGAUGGAAUCAACUUCUCAUCAUUUAUCAUUCGAAGUAUACAGACACUUUUGAAUGGAGGGACAUCACAGGGUACUGGAUGGGAUAUCCACGAUGGCCCCUGGCAUUUCCCAUUUAUCGGUGAGAAACAGAGGGCUUUCGAGGAGAAAUAUAAUGUUCGAAUUGCGUUGAUUACAUACGAAGGGGACGAGAGUAUUAGACGAUAUCUCUGUAUCUUCGAUUGCAACAAGCGCGACACAUUUCUCUGCUUGUAUUAUGCUUCGGCUCGAUACUUCCAUAUUUACAUGGGUUUUCCCUUCGAUUUCGAGAAAUACGAGCAAAUGCAGUUGGGCAUCAUCGCAAAAGACGAGACCAUGAAAGUGACAUCAGAGAAGAUCAAUGAAUGGACGCAUAAACGGACAAUGGAACCGAAAAAGGAGGGGGGAAAGCCGCUGGUAUGGACGGCAAACCAUCGACCGACAUUCGAUGAUAUCAAUUGUUUCGGCUAUUUGAAGGGUCCACUACCAGAUAUGUCUUAUUGUCAUGAAUUCCAUGAAAUGUGC